GGGUACUGCUCAAGUUCCCUUGUCCUAUCCUUAAAUUUUGUUACUCUGUGUCAGUGUCUCCUGUGCGUUCUGGGUUUCUUUAAUCCUGAGUUCCAAUGAUUCAAUCCAUUUCUAAUAUCAUGGUGCUUGUCACAGUAGCACAAUUUAGUUAUUUUCUGACAUGAGCUCCUUAACAAAAAGUUCACAGUCUUAUCACUUUUCUGAUUCCAUCAAAAGCCCAAAUUUGAUUACCUUGUUCCACAUCGUUUAUGGGUGUUUGCUGAAAUUGUGCUUCCCAAUGGUUCAAUCCAAUACCGUAGUAUAAUUUAGCUAUUUCUGAGAUGGGUUCCUUCAGAAAGUUCAUGGCUUUUACUACUAUGUUCACAGUUUUGUUACUUUAUCUGAUUCCUACAAAGGCCCAAGAAGAAGGAUUCAUAUCUGCAGUUAUAUCGAGUAAAGGCCUCGACUUUACCAAGGACUUGCUGAUAGAAGAGGCAAUCUCCUCUAUAAUUCCACUUGAAUUGCCUCAAAUUGAAAAGUCUGUGAAAAUCCCACUUAUUGGUCAAGUUGAUGUUGCCCUGUCCAAUAUCACAAUAUAUAGUGUUGAUAUUGCCUCUUCAUAUGUGGAGACCGGUGACUCCGGCAUUGCUUUGGUUGCUUCAGGAGCCACUGCAAAUUUGAGUAUGCAUUGGCAGUACUCUUACACCACUUGGUUAUUUGAAGUUACGGAUAAUGGGGCCGCCUCUAUUCAGGUUGAAGGUAUGGAAGUUGGUGUUACCUUAGCUUUGAAGGACCAACAAGGAAGUCUUAAGCUGUCUGUUUUGGAUUGUGGAUGCUAUGUGAAGGAUAUUUCCAUCAAGUUAGACGGUGGAGCAUCUUGGCUUUACCAAGGGUUAGUGGAUGCUUUUGGUGGGCAAAUAGUUUCUGCAGUUGAAGAAAAUAUUGCCAAAAAAGUCGAUGAGGGAAUAAUGAAGCUUGACUCGUCACUACAAUCGCUUCCAAAGCAAAUCGAGCUGGAUGACAUUGCUUCUUUGAAUGUCACGUUGGUGGACAAUCCUGUGCUUAGUAAUUCUUCCAUUGAAUUUCAGAUCAAUGGUCUAUUCACAACUCCUAUUGAUGAUUCGACAUCCAGCUUAGACCAUAAAGGUUCAUUAAAUCCUCUUCCGCGCAGUGCUCCAGCUAGGAUGGUUGAGAUAUCAUUACAUGAAGAUGUCUUUAACUCGGUGUCCUUAGUCUAUUUCAAUGCAAACUAUAUGAACUGGAUUAUUAACAAAAUACCAGAUCAAUCCCUGUUGAACACCGCUGAAUGGAGAUACAUUGUUCCCCAACUGUACAAACAGUAUCCAAACAAGGAUAUGGAUCUUAAUGUUACUGUAUCUUCUCAACCAAUCAUUACAGUUGUGAACAACGGCAUUGACAUCAUUGUUUACUCUGAUGUGACAAUUGAUGUCAUAGAUGAUGAAGUAAUACCAGUUGCCUGCAUAUCAAUGCACAUUCAUGCUUCAUGUACUCCAGAGAUCCUGAGGAGUAAACUAUCUGGUAUUGUUAAAUUGAAUGAUUUUACCGCAUCUUUGAAAUGGAGCAAAAUUGGUACCGUACACAUGCAUCUUGUUCAGGCAGUGUUGUCAACGGUCCUCAGAACUGUUGUCGUGCCUUAUGUGAAUUUAUGGCUCUGGAAAGGACUACCUUUACCACUUCCGCAUGGAUUUACCCUUCAUAAUUCUGAAACCUUCUCCACCAAUUCAAGGCUUACAGUAUACAGUGAUGUUGCGUUUCUAGAACAAUAACUGACACAUCGUCAGCAGGAAGCUCGGUCAAACCAGAGAGCUAUACACCAUACACAAAAUUAGUAUUAGUGCUUAUUUUCUGUGGAGAGGUUAGUUUAUAGCGUAUGUAAGUCACUGAAAAGCAAGUUACGAGGCAAGGUUAGUCAAGCACGUUUGCUUUUCUUGUAAAUGCAGUUCUUUUUUAGGAUUCUGGUGUAAAGAUUUUGAACUAGCUAGACUGGUUAUGGGUUCAAUUUUGACUGGCAUUAGGGGGUUAGAUGUUUAAUUGGAGUCAGUAUAUGCAUUUGAAGUGCAAAUUAUCAUGUAAAAGGGUUUAAAUGUAAUGUACUCAAAUAGUCAAAUAGUUAUGAUUAGAGUG